GAGUAUAUUGUAUUCUAGAACUAAAAAAUUAUAUAUUUUCUUCUAUAAAUUCGAUAGCUUGCGGCACCAAAUACAACAAGGGAAAGGAAAUGGCUAAGCUACAAAAUUCCAUCCUAUUAUACCUCUUUAUCUUCUUGUUUCUGAUUGUAUCCACGGAGAUGCAAGGCACAAAUGCAGAAGUUUGCGAAAGGCGAAGCAAAACAUGGACAGGGUUUUGUGGAAGCUCAAGUAGCUGUAAUCGUCAGUGCAAGAGUAGGGAGGGCGCUUUAAGCGGAGCUUGCCAUGCACAAUUCCCAGGAUUUGCAUGCUUCUGUUACUUCAAAUGCUAGAGGAGCACUCACCAACCACCUUAUGCUUUCAAUAUCCAAACUCUGUAAUAUCUACUAAAUAAGCCAUCAAUGGCAUUUAACAUGUUGGCAUCAUAAUAUCAUAAAUGUUUCACUUCUAUGUUAUCCGUGCAAAUAUAUUACUAUUCAAAA